AUGGAAGAUUACAUUCAGCUCUAAAUUCCUUUCCUUAAAAGUUAACUUCAAAAGAUUUCAGUAAUCAUCUAAAGUCUCACACAAUAUAAGAACAAGGAUAAGUUGUUUAAAGCUAGUGAGUUUCUUGAAUUAAUUACUCAAAUAAAAAAUUUCUAAAAUCCAGAGGAUUCAAUGGAAGAUUUGAGUUUAUUCCAAAAUUAAUAGUAAUAGAUAAACUUAACACUUGAAAAUCUUGUAAAUAUCGGAAUUCUCCAACCAAAGUAACAAAAUUUUAAAAAUAUAGCUUUGACACUAUCAAAACUAGCUGAACUGGAUAAAUAAAAGUACAUUUUAUUCAGAGGAUUGGUAGACUCUCAUUUAGAAAUCAUGAAAAUCUAAGAUAUCAAUGCUUAAUCUAAACUCUUGGCCCUAACUGCACAAUCAUGGGCAAGUGUUUGGCGGUUAUACAUCUCUCUCUUGGACAUCUGA